AUGAGCCGAGCGGAGCAGGUGGGCGAUCGCCUCUCAGGCCCUCGUCCACAGCCCCAGUUUCAGUCUGGGCGGUCGAUGGGCCCCCGCACCUUCACAAUCGACAGCAUCCUUCGCCCAGAUCUGCGGGGGGCGCCGCGGCCUGGAUGCUGCUGGGGGCAGCGGGGACCUAGCCCAGCCCAGCAGCCUCAGUACGAGGACCCAGAGGCGGAGGAGGAAGAGGUGGCCGUGGAGGUGGAGAAGCGCGAUCUCGGCUCGGGAAAGGAAGAAAGCAGGAGCCGCAGCCGGAGCCCGAGCCGCAGCCGCAGCCGCAGCCGCAGCGGGAACCCAAGCAGAAGCAGGAGCACAAGCCGGACUCGCGGCUGGAACCCCGGCCAGUGUAGAGAGGCAGGUGGAGCCCUCCAGGGGGUCUCGGGGCCUAAGGAGCUGCCCUACCCCAGAGGGAGCAGCCCUGACACCACAGAUCGAAGCGAGUGCCGAGCUGGACCAUCUUCUGGGCCGCAGGCCAGCAAAAAGAAGACUAGGACCAUCUUCUCCAAAAGCCAAGUGUUCCAACUGGAGGCCACGUUCGACGUGAAGCGCUACCUGAGCAGCGCCGAGCGUGCAGGCCUGGCAGCUUCCCUGCAACUCACCGAGACGCAGGUGAAGAUCUGGUUUCAAAACCGCAGGAACAAACUCAAGAGACAGCUGGCUGCGGAGCCCGAUGGGCCAGUGGGGACCCAGGCGUCCGAGCAGGCCUCGGAGCUUCCGGCCCUGUAUAAGGACUCGGCCUUCCUCAGUCGCUACCUGCUUCCGCUGUCGCUUCCCCUCCUGUACCCCGGGCACAGCUUCCCCUACCUCUGCCUCCCCCGGCCCGGAAAAUAUUUCAGUCUGCUCGACGGAGACGUAUAA